AUGGAGAUACGCGUAUUAGGAAAAUUCGUUCCUUUCGGUGAACAACAUAUUAAAAGUAAAGAUAUUACUGAAACAAGUAGUCAAAAACUUUACAAUCAAAGUCAUGAUUUUUUUCAAAAAUGUGAAACGAAUGAUUCAUUUGUUGGUACUUCGAAUUCUAAUUAUAUACUCUAUGAGGGCUUUGAUCCUUCUACAAAGAAUUCCAAUGAAAGUAAAAAUGUAGAUGAGGAACUUUUUAUCAAAAAUAAUACAGUAGUUUGGAGUAGAUGUAACGUUUUACAAAAGAGUUUUAAGUUUGAUGAACCAGUUCUUCAAGCUUUAUUUGUCUGGUUUAACGCGAAAAAAGCCUCAAUGAAUAGUAAUGAAAUGCACGAUUCGAAAAUCACAAACAGACUUGAGAGACAAAGAGCACUAUUUGUUCUUUUUCAAGAUUAUGCACGUGUAUAUUUCUUGGAUGGACAGCAUUUUCUAAUUAGAUUACCAUCACCUGUAAGACAUGCUUGGGCUAUGAAUUGUGGAGUCAUUUUGCAAUGUACAGUUGACGAGAAAAAGUCAAGUUUGAAUAAUUUUCCUUCAGGUUCUUUACCAAUGUUAUAUAGUCUUUUAGAUCCAUUGGAAGAAAUAAAGUCUGUUUCAAUUGCAGAUAAAAUUAUGUUAGAUGAAUUAAAAGUUAAUAUAAAAGGAAAGACGCAAAGAAAUAAUUCAAUGAAAAAAUUCGAAAAUCAAAAUUUUGCUUCAUCAUCUUCUCCCAGACCAAUGCGAAGUCGAAGUAGUUCAAAUGUUCGAGCUGAUACACUUCAAAAUUUUGAUGGUAGAAAAUCAAUUGAAGAUUCAUUUCAAAAUGUGGAUGGAAGGAAUUCAUUAAAUUCAUUACAAAGUCUAGAUCGAUUUUUAUAUUAUGAUCACGAUGAAAUGCUUAAUGAAUUAAGAAUAAAAUCUGAUUCCAAAAGUGAAGUAUUUCUAGAAUUAAUAUGGACAGAAUCAAUCGCUAAAAUUGAAAAACUUGAAAAGAGCGAUGUAUUCAUUGUUCAUGAUUAUGUUGGAAAUGAAAUUCUUUCUACAAGACUUCAAUUUUAUGAUAUAUUGUUUUUUAAGGAAGUAACAAAAUUGGAACUUUGGAUUGGUUAUGGAAAUCCUAUUCCUUUAAAUUAUGAUAUCGAAAUGAUUAAAUCUGAAUUCGAUUUUGAAGAUAACAAAGAGUGGGAAAAUAAAUCUAUUCCACGUGAAACUCUUCAAUUACAGUAUCGUAAAUAUUUAACAUCUAAACAAUCUCAUCAUCAAUUUUCAUCGGAUACAGUUAUCACUGAAUUAAGGGAUUGGGUUCACAAUAGAACUAAUUUAGUUUUUUUUAAUAAUAAAAUUGUAAGGAUUAGUUUGAACUUUAUUCCAAGUUCUAAACUUGUUCGUUCUUGUUUAGAGGCUUUAAGUUUUGCUUUACCGACAAAUUUAUUCUUUGAAUUUAAAGCAGAAUAUAUGUUAUUUCAGUAUGGUACCGAAAAGGAAGAUUCAAAAAUACAAAGAGAAACAGAAUGGGAAAGUUUUAUUAUUGUGUUAUUAUCAUUUUUCCAAUUAAAUGAACGAAAAUUAUCUGGGAAAGAAACGGAAGAAACAAAAGAAAGCGACUGGGAUUUUUUGAUCGCGUCUUCUAAACACUCGAAAUUUAAUUUUGACAAUCAUUUUCUGUGUUUACGUCCUUCAAUAACUAAAGAAAACUAUACUAUGAUCAAUUUAUUAGAAAAGUCUCAAAUUCUUCGUAAAAAAAAUUAUGAUCAUCGCAAAAGAUUAGAAGAAAAUUUGAGCAGUUUUCUACCUAGCAUUCUUUUUUCUCUUCACUUGAUUUAUCAAGAUUUAAGAUUAAAUGUUUUAUCACAAAAAUUUGUCAAUGAUAUAAUUCCAUUAUUGUUACAAUUGGCAAUAUUUCUUGAUUUGGAUAUAUAUGUUGAUUAUUAUCAACAAAAUUAUGGUUUGCAUCAAAAAUUAAAAAUUAAAAAAGUCCAUAUCAUGAAAUUAAACUUAAAUAAUGAUCAUCCUUUUUUUAUGCCACCUGAUAUUUUUAAAUGGAUUUUGAAAUGUCUUCGAUAUGGAAUUGAGAAAAAUGAAAAUUUUCCAAGUAUAAAAAGUAUUGGUCCAACUUUCUCUAUUCCAAAUAUUCAAGAAAAUUUGAUUCACGAAUUUGAAUGUUCAAGAAUUCAGAAAAUAAAUUCAAUAUAUAAGAAACUAGUCACAGAAGGAGAAAAAUCAAUGAUCCUUGAAAUUGUUAAUGUUGGAUAUUUCAUUAAAGAUAUUGAUUCUUUACCAUUUGGUAUUGUGGUUCCUUUGCGUGAAGCGAUUAGAAAAUGUCGAGAAAAACCUCCCGCAAAUUGGCCAGGCGAAGCAUAUAUAUUAAUUGGUAGAGAAGAUUUGGCUGAAUUAUCAUAUGGUGUCCCAAUUGGAUACAUUCAUACUCGUGGUAACAAAAUGGAACCAAAACCACAAAAAGUUCAACGUCUUUUAAAAUCUUGUGAUGUUGUAAAAACUGAUUUUCCUAAUCCAGAUUUAAGGUUUGUUUUUGAAUUUAAAGAAUUUUUAAAAAUAAUUGAAAAAAGUUCAUUGAUUAAUUUUGGUUAUGUUAAAAAAAAAAGUAGCAAUCAAAACGAAGAAAUUCCACCACAGGUACUUGAACGUGUUCAAGCACAAUGUUUAAAAAAUUUUUCGCAACCUGUUGGUAGAGGAAUAUUGACGUAUGGUACAGCGACACCAAUUGUUACAGAACCUUUUCCAAUACCUGGAAUUAGUUUGACUAUUAAAGUUUUACCCAUAAAUAUUCUUGUACAAAUUGAUCGAGCAAUUCGUUUUCCGGAAAGUAUUGAAUGGCCAGAAUUUCAUGAUGGAGUAGCAGCUGGUUUACGAAUUCCUUCAACAUUCACUAUCGAAGGAUCGUGGAUUUCACUUAAUAAACCUAAAGAACUUAACAAUAGUCACGCAGGAUUCUUAUUAGGAUUAGGAUUGAAUGGACAUUUAAAAUCUAUGGCAACAUGGCAAGCAGUUGAUUAUUUAAUGAAAACUCCAAAACAUGAUAUUACAACAAUUGCGUUAGUAUUAGGUCUAACAGCUUCAUAUAUAGGAACAAUGAAUAAUGAAAUUACAAAAUUUGUAGCUGUACAUGUGACUGCAAUGUUUCCUCCCAAAUCUACCAGUUUAAAUGUUUCACCUCUUGUUCAAACUGCAUCCAUUCUUGGAUGUGGUUUGCUUUAUAUGGAAACUUGUAAUAGGUAUAUGUCACAGAUCAUGCUUGCCGAAAUUUCCACAAAAGCUUUAAAAACACCUGAUAAUUUUGAAACUGAUUUUACGGAAGGUUAUUCACUUGCUGCAGGACUAGCAUUAGGAUUUAUAAAUUUAGGUAAAGGUGAUAAUGCACUUGAAUCAUUAGAUUUAGAUUUAUUUAAAGAAUUACGUACAUAUAUUAAUGGAGGUAAAGGUUUUACCAAGAAAUCGACAAUUAUAUCAAGCGGAGGAGGAGGAUCUGGGUAUAAUACCAAUGAAAAUAAUGUAAAUAUUACAUCACCAGGAGCAACGAUUGCUCUUGGAUUAUUAUAUUUAAAAACCAACAAAAUUAAUAUCGCAAAUAAAAUUCCAAUACCGGAAACAGAAUUUUAUUUAGAUUAUGUUCGACCAGAUUUUCUUUUAAUUAGGAUACUUGCGAAAAAUUUGAUAAUGUGGGAUAAUAUUCAAUCUAGUACAAGUUGGGUAAAAAGUCAUGUUCCUCAAUAUAUGAAUACCAAAUUGGAACUUAGACGUAGAAUUGAUUGUGAAAAUUUGGAAUCAAUUAAGAGAGCAUAUUAUUUCAUAUUAGCAGGGGCUUGUUUUAGCAUGUCAUUAAAAUUUGCUGGAUCUUCGGAUAAAAACGCACUUAAAUGUUUACUUUAUUAUCUUGAUUUUUUUAUGAAACUUGAAAGUGAACGAACAUUAGCAACUUUUGAUUCAAAUAUUACAUUAUCUGCAAUCCGAAUUUGUUUAAACGUUUUAGUAGUAAGUACUUCUAUCGUUGCUGCAGGUAGUGGAAAUCUUGAAGUCAUGAGAAGAAUACGUAAACUUCAUAAGAAAGAUGUAGAUAUUAGUAAUUCAAAUUCUUAUGGAUCUCACAUGAUAACAAGUAUGGCAUUAGGUUUUCUAUGCCUUGGAGGAGGAAAUUAUACUCUUUCAACAUCAAAUAAAGCGAUUGCUGGAUUGGUUAGUUCGUUAUUUCCAAGAUAUCCUAUUGAACCUUAUGAUAAUCGUGCUUAUUUACAAGCUUUUAGACAUUUAUGGGUAUUGGCAGUUGAAAAAAGAUGUUUAAUAUUGAGAGACAUAGAGACAAGGGAAGCUUGUCAUGUACCAGUGAAAAUUACUUUCAAAGAUUUAUAUAAUACCGAAAUAGUUACCAGAGCUGAUGGUGUUAAAGAAUUUCAUGUUGAUUCCAAAACGAAAGAAUCAGUAGCACCAUGUUUAUUACCUGAAUCGGAAUUUAUUCAAAAGAUUGAAAUAGAUAGUCCAAGAUAUUGGUCAAUACAAUUGGAAUUCGGAAAGAAUUCAGAAUAUGAUCAUAGAUUUUGGAAUAAUCCGACUUUGUAUGUAAAAAGAAAGACUGGACAUUUAACUUAUGCCGAGGAUCCACAAGGUUUAAGAGAUUUAUUUGCCCGAAUUUUUCCGGACGGUAAAUCCUUGUUAGGAUCCAAAGAUUCUUUACUGAAAAAUCAACAAAAACUUGAUUUUAUUAGAAUUUUUUCAUCCGAUCCACAAGUUCAAGCAUUUUCUCGAUACCUUUGUGAAGAUUUUAAGAUUAAUGUUGAUGAUGUGGGAAUAGAUUUAUCAACCUUUUGUAAUUCGAUUCUCUCAGAAUGUUUAAAUGCAGAUAAAGUUGAAGCGAUUCAAAUAUAUUUGGAACUUUAUCAAAUUCAACGGAAUUUGGAAAAAAUGUAA